AUGGAAGUCCUUCGAAACACCUUCACCCAACGAAAGCUUGACGAGGCUGUCUUAACAGUAGGGAGAGCCGUCAUCUGUCUUAUAUUGAUCCUGGAUAGACAUAUGCCCCUCUUAUCAUUGAUGAUUCACCGAGUAACUACCUUGGUGCUGUGUUUUGAUAUGGUCAGGGAACUCUGGAACAGUUUUCGAAUGUCAAGAGGCGGCGACCGAACCCGACAUGAAGCCCAAGUGGGACUUUACUACGCCUCGGCUUUAUGGAUUGCGGUAUUCGAUAACGACAAUUCUACCAGGGGUUUCAGAAUCAUUCAGAUUUUGGUGCUUUGGGGCGACUUAUUCCAGCAAAAACAUACUGGUACCACGCAUGGUGCGUCUGUGAUGGUACUGUUCCUGUUUAUGAACUAUCAUGUACGUUUUGCAUCAGAUGAAAGCCCUGGACACGCGUCUCUUUUGGACUUUUCCCGGAGAAACAUCUACUUCAACUUCCAGUGCAAGUCUAACACAUCACAACCAGCUACUGACGUUUCCGGUGAAUCUAUAUCUUGUCCCCGCCUGAGGUUGACCAUUCAAGUAGACUGUGCUAACUUCCCCUCAGGCGACAAGCCUGGAAACGGCGGCUGGGCUCGCUCAGAAAUCAUAUCUCUGGUAUCAUCAACUGUAAUGCCACUUGUUUCACCGGCAUUGGGAGCGUUCUGGGGUUCCAUCUUCGCCCUUGCAUGCCCUAAAAUCCUGCAGAGAAUGAGUGAAUCUUUGAAAGACCGACGGAAGUCUAGAACCGCUGCCUCAGGAGCGCGUCGGCCAUGGCUUGCUGCACUGCGAACUAUUCCACCCCGCACUGAAAAUAUGGAAGUCGGUACUCGGGUUACACCCACGCAGAACUUUCAACCCAGCACGCACGUGCUCCCACCGCCUGCAGCGGCAAGUCCAUCGCAUCAUAUGCUGCGGUCCAGCGGCUGA